AAACACGGUGUCCUUUAGUGACCUCACAUCCUGUUUUCCCCACUUCCUUCUGAAUGGACCGGUUUGGGACGGUCCGGUGCCAGCGCAGCGUGGAUCUGUGUUGUGUCGGCGCGUGUCUUCAGACACACGUGAAGAUCAACAGUGUUGCACGGCUGCAGAGGGCACGCGGGCAAACUGGUAACGCAACGCUUCACUCACCUGACUAUGGAACGUGUCAUGCAUUGACAGAGAAGCGGAGAGGCAUCGCUGUUGCACUUCUGACAGAAUGAAGAUGAGAGAGGGGAAGAUUAUAAACCAGGGUCUGGAGGAUGAGAUGGAGGUGUGGGGUUACCAGCCCUGUCUGUGGAAGAUGAUCCUGGUGGGUGUAGGUGCUGUGUGCUCUGGGGGUCUCCUGCUGCUCCUACUCUACUGGCUGCCUGAGUGGGGCGUCAAGGGCACCUGCACACACACCUCGCUGAGGGAGGCACACACACUGCUGCUUAGGACCAGGGAUGAGUUCAGGCAGUGGUUUCGAGCCAAAGUACAUGUGAUGUCGGCGCCGGGGAAGAAACCCUUUGACAGCUUGGAUCUGCAGUCCACGGCUCAGCCGCCAAAUGGAGACCAGGGCAUCAGUGCUGCGCACAAGGAGCAUCAUGGGAAAUUUGCCCAGAGACAGCCCGCUCAGAUUCUCUACUUCACCCACCACAGCACCAAAUACUACUGGAACGAUGUCAUACAGAACUUUGAAUUUUAUAAAGGCUUGGAGGAUGUGAAGGUGAGCUGUGCAAGCAUCCACUCUGAACACAGCUCUGGGCUUUCUAAAACACUGCAGGACUACAGGAGGUUGUUUUUCGGGGAGAAUGAGAUUGCUGUAAGAGUGCCGUCUCUAUUCAAGCUCCUCAUAAAGGAAGUUUUGAAUCCUUUCUACAUCUUCCAGCUCUUCAGUGUCAUUCUGUGGAGCGCGGAAGACUACUACUAUUACGCUUCAGCCAUAGUGUUCAUGUCUGUGAUUUCAAUAGCUACCUCACUGUAUACCAUUAAAAAGCAAUAUGUGAUGCUGCACGACAUGGUGGCAGCACACAGCGUGGUCCGUGUUUCAGUGUGCAGAGGAAAUAAAGAUAUUGAGCAGGCCAUGUCAACAGAUCUUGUGCCCGGUGAUGUCAUCAUUAUUCCAGCAAAUGGGAUGAUCAUGCCCUGUGACGCCGUGCUCAUCCACGGGGCCUGCAUCGUGAAUGAGAGCAUGCUGACAGGAGAGAGCGUGCCAGUUACCAAGACAAGUCUGCCCAGUUCAGGCGAAGACGCGGCUGGGAGCUAUGAUGUUGAGGAGCACAAGAGACACACUCUGUUCUGUGGAACCCGCGUCAUCCAGACCCGCUUCUACGCUGGAGAACUUGUGGAGGCUGUUGUGGUCCGAACAGGCUUCAGUACAGAGAAAGGCCAACUCGUGCGCUCCAUCCUCCAUCCUAAACCCACAGACUUCAAGCUGUACCGAGAUGCUUACCUGUUCUUGUUGUGUCUGGUGGGCGUGGCAGGGAUCGGCUUCAUCUACACUAUCGUCCUCAGCAUCAUGAACAAGGUUCCAGCUAAAACAAUCAUCAUUGAAUCUCUGGACAUCAUCACCAUCACUGUGCCCCCAGCCCUACCCGCAGCCAUGACAGCUGGUAUUGUGUACGCGCAGCGUCGUCUGAAGCGCGUCGGCAUCUUUUGCAUCAGUCCUCAGAGGAUCAACAUGUGUGGUCAGCUGAACCUGGUUUGCUUUGACAAGACUGGUACCCUGACUGAAGAUGGUUUGGACCUGUGGGGUGUUCAGAGAGCUGAAGAUGGCAGCUUUUCUCCCCCUGAGUCUGAUGCAGCUAACGAAACCCUGGUGAACACUGUGUUUGUGGCCUGCAUGGCUACCUGCCACUCACUCACCAAGAUAGAGGGCGAGCUCUCCGGAGACCCUUUAGAUCUCAAAAUGUUCAACGCGACAGGCUGGAUCCUAGAGGAGCCCAUGGAGAAAGAGACUGCGCUCCACAAUCCCAUAAUGCCCACAGUUGUGCGACCUCCAAAGCACUUCUUCCCUGAAGCCAAUCAGAACAAUCCACUAACUCAGAACAUGUCCUGUGAGAUUGGUAUCAUGCGUCAGUUCCCCUUCUCCUCAGCCCUGCAGAGGAUGAGUGUGGUGGGCAGGAGGCUGGGGGAGAAACACAUGAACGCUUUCUUGAAAGGAGCACCGGAGGUUGUGGCCAGCCUCUGCAAACAGCACACAGUCCCACAGAACUUCACAGAGACUCUGGAGACCUACACUAGGCAGGGCUUCAGGGUUAUUGCCCUGGCACAUCGACAGCUGGAGUCCAAACUCUCCUGGCACAAAGUCCAGAACCUCAGCAGGGACCUGAUAGAAACCAACAUGGAGUUCCUCGGUUUGAUCAUCAUGCAGAACAAAAUAAAAGAGGAGACUGCCGGGGUUUUACAGGAGCUACACCAAGCUAACAUCCGCACUUUGAUGGUCACGGGUGACAACAUGUUGACGGCGAUAUCGGUGGCUCGGGAUUGCGGGAUGGUCCACUCACAUGAGAGGGUCAUUAUUGCAGAUGCGGCGCCUCCUAAGGAUUCCCACCCUGCUAGUAUCACAUGGCAUUACACUGAAAACCCUGCUCAGACCGACAAGGACAGUCAGACUGUGGAGAUAAACCUGGAGGACGGGUUAUAUGACAAGCACAUGACUCAGCAGGAGCAGACCUAUCACUUUGCUGUGAGUGGCAGAGCCUUCGCUGUUAUCACCGAGCACUUCCCUCAACUCGUCCAAAAGCUCGUGCUGAGAGCCACAGUGUUUGCCCGCAUGGCUCCAGACCAGAAGACUCAGCUGGUGGAGGUGCUGCAGGGCAUCGACUACACUGUCGGGAUGUGUGGUGACGGUGCAAAUGACUGUGGAGCUUUGAAGAGAGCUCACAGUGGGAUCUCGCUGUCUGAGCUGGAGGCUUCUGUUGCUUCACCCUUCACCUCCUCCACCUCCAACAUCUCCUGCGUCCCCAACCUCAUCAGGGAGGGCCGAGCUGCCCUCAUCACAUCAUUCUGCGUGUUCAAGUUCAUGGCUCUGUACAGCAUCAUCCAGUACCUCAGUGUCACCCUGCUGUACUCGAUUCUCAGCAAUUUGGGAGACUUCCAGUUCCUCUUCAUCGACAUCGCCAUCAUUCUCAUCAUCGCCUUCACAAUGAGUCUGAACCCUGCGUGGAAGGAACUGGUGUGGCGCCGCCCUCCGUCCAGUCUGAUCUCUGGCCCGCUGCUCUGCUCAGUUCUGACCCAGAUCCUCACCUGCCUGGUCUUCCAGGUUCUGGCUUUCCUCUUAGUACGACAGCAGAGCUGGUAUGAGAUAUGGACGCCUCAGUCAGAUGCCUGUAACGUGUCCAGCUCCAGUCCCUCUCACAGCGUGAAUGUAACCACCCCCCACGACCACAAAAACAUCAGGAACUAUGAGAACACCACCCUCUUCUAUGUUUCCUCCUUUCAGUACUUGGCUGUGGCCAUCGUUUUCUCCAAAGGGAAGCCCUUCAGACAACCGAGCUACAAGAACUGGCCGUUCAUGCUGUCCUGCAUCGGCCUGUAUACUUUCCUCCUCUUCAUCAUGCUGUAUCCUGUUCCUGCCAUAGACAGCUUCCUGGAGAUCGUGUGUGUUCCCCAUGACUGGCGCGUUACACUGGUCAUCAUUGUCAUAGUGAAUGCGGCUGUGUCUUUCAUGCUGGAGAUUUUGAUCCUUGACAUCAUCUUGUGGAGGCUAGUUUUCAGAUGCAAUCAGGGGGUAAAUCGCCCCACAGAACCGCCCUCUGCUGACACGCCUCAGGAGACCAAUGGCCGCUGGGGCGCACCCUUCCUCUCCUGGCUGUUCUGUCGGAAAAACAAGCCCCCAAAGGUGCGCUACAUGCACCUGGCCCUGAAGCUGCAGGAGGACGGUGACUGGCCCCCCAGACCCUCCACUGUCACCUACGCCAGUGAUUCACAAUCCCACAUCUCUGUCCCCCUCUGACACCGACGUGACCAACGAGCAAACUACUGCACAGACUUAACCUAAAACCCCCAACGAGCCUUCAUGUUGACGUAGCUUGAGUUGAGCUCAGAGGUGUGAUCGAUGCUCAGAUGUGUUUGGGACGUGGAGCCUGCUGGACACCAGUGAUGAAUCCAGGAGCCUCAUUAAGGUGAGGCCUCCUGCUGCAAUGUCCGACUGACACUGUGAACUGCAAACAUAAAGUUCCAUUUAGAUUCACCUCAUCAGAAUGGACAAACACUUUGCACCUUUUUUAGCCGUACUGUGCUGUCACACUGCUGAAACUUGAGCCAGAGGCCUCUGUUAAAGACAUUUUGGGAAAUAUGGUACAUUUAUUUGCUUGAGUGAUACCACUGGCAGUUACAGGCUCUGUUUACACCUGGUAUUAACAUAUGUCUUGGAUGAUUGGAUUGUUAGUGGCCAGCUAAAAGUACAGGUAGGAAUGCGUCUUUAAUGGGUCUUGAAAUGUCAUUGGUCAGAAUACAUUCGGAGUUGGUCUGGCCACAUUCUUUCAGCACUUUCAGGACACUAAUGUGAUGAUUGAAUGACUUUCUUUGCGAUUGAAGUAAUCCUUUGCAUUGCUGAAUGGGGCAGUGAUGGGAAUAUAAGAGCCAUCUAUCGGUCCUCAACACUGGGGGAACCCCAUCUCACCUUGAAGCCAUCCACAAGCUCCCAUAGUCUGUCUCCUUGAGGCAAACUAAUAAAUUGCUGCUGCAGCGUGUGUACAGGCCGAGACACACCAAACCGACUUCAGAGAACUAGCAUCAACGAAAUCCCCCUGCUGCGUCACUUCACGUUGUCUGUGUCUCGGCCAAAAGCUGUACAUUAACACGCCACAAAGACUUCAGCUGAUGGCCAACCAGCAUGUAUGUUCUGUGCUUUCACGAGAGGAUAUAACUCUCCACAUCAGCAGACAGCGGUCAUCUGUAUUCGUCAUACGAAAAGGGAAACCGAAAGACCAUCAUGACGCUGGUUAGCCAGUUAGCACAUUAACAACGCAAUCCAGUGUUGAAAGGACAAAGCAUAUUUACUGUGCACCUCUUGACUUUAGCUCUUUGUUUACUUUCCUCACUUCCAUUUCUCUACUUGUGCGCUGAGGUGAACUGCCAAUCAGAGUGAUUUCAUUCACCGACGGGCUCCGCAAUAGCCGACGCCAAUUCAACUUGCUGAAUCAGCAAAAAUAUUAUAUAUCAACUAGGGGUGUAACGGUACACAAAAAUCUUGGUUCGGUACGUACCUCAGUACACAAGUCAUGGUUCGGUUUCUUUCGGUAUAGUAAUGAAAAAAAUAGACAACUAUUAAAUAUCUUUUACUUAUUGGUAACCUUAUUAAAACAUACCACCACAGCAGUUAACUCUUUUUACACAAUUUUUGAAUUAAACAAAUAUAUAUGUAAAAUCCAGAUUUUUCACAUUGUUUGAAUGAAAAUAGAAAUAUAAAAGUGAAAAAUAAAAUCCUGCUGUUUUUUUAACACAUUUUUUGAAUGAAAAAUAUAAAUAUACAUUUCUGCUUUAACAGUUUUACUCAAUUAAAAUAAAAAGUAUAGUGCAGCUGGUCAGCUUUAAAGCCUGCUCAGAUUCAGUUUUACUAGGAACUUACUUAGCUUUCCCACUUUGUUAAAGUGCAGUAAACAAAACAUGCUUAUAUCUAAAGUGCAGCUUAAACAAUUUUACUCAACUCCAAUGGCGUUGGUUAUUUCUUUAGCGCGAUGGUCAGGGAAACGCUCUUUCUUUUUAAACGACGACGAUAUCGUAGUUUGCACCAGAUUGCUUUUUCUAGUCGUGCCGGUUAACGUUCAAACUCGGGUGGUGUCGCUUUAGAUGCGUUAGCAUGUUAGACGUGUUUCCAAGUACAUACCCGACCGCUGUUCUGCAGUGUCGGCACACUGCUUUUGUCUUGUCCACUUGUUUAUUUCCAUCUUCGUAUUUUACCCUGAAACCAAAGUGUUCCCAAACGGAGGACUUAAGGUUUGCGGGUGGGUCUUCAGGUUCGUCAGGCUCACUUGCCAUGUUGUCAAAAUGCGAGAAUGCGCUGCACAAAGUGAAAGCGGAGAUUUACGGUCGGACUCGGUCCGUCACUCAAUUAUGUCCGUCGGGGAACUAGAUAUUUUAAAUGGUUCGGCUCGCAAAAACGGAAUUAAAAUAAAACAAAAUAAAAUAAAAUAAUAUCCUGCGCCCAAUAAUUUGGUACAGGGUCGUGCCGAACCGAAAGUCGCGUACUGAAUGGUUCGACACAAAUACAUGUACCGUUACGGCCCUAAUAUCAACAUAAUAUUAUAAUAUAUCGAGGGCCACAGAUGCUCACCGAUGGCCCAACAUUGACCGACGGCCGACCAUCAACUUGGUGUGUCAGGACCUUUAAGCAUGAUAAACUUCCUGCCAGCUAAAAACAACAAUGCAUUUCGUCUUUGCAAAUGGAAAUGAUUUAGAUGCUUGUUUGAAUAUGGAGUGAUAAAGUGAGAUUUGAUCACAAUUGGUCAGUUGAGACGCAUUUGGAAGUGCAUUCUGACACCAAGCGUAAACAGACAUAGAGCUGUCCACUUGUGAUCGCAUCACCAAAGACACAUGUUAAUACCAGAUGUUAACAGGGCCACAGGCUAGCUUAGUUUAGCUUAGCACAAAUGACAAAACAGCCAGCAUUGCUCUUUUUUUAAAGGUAAAGUUUUUCUAAAGAUCAAUAAUCACCACAUUUUGUCUUAUUUGGUUUAUCCCAUACUUAAACCAAAGUGUAAAAACAACAUGUUGAGGUUUUACAGGUGGUAAAGUCUCUGCUCUGCAACCUUUCACUAAUGACCAGGCUCCAGGUUAGCUAUUAAGCUGUGCUAAGCUAAGCUAACCACCUGCUGUCUGUAGUUUAAUAUUCGCUGUAGCAUGAGAGUGGUAUCGAUCUUUUCUUCCAACUUUCAGACUUGAAAACACAUCAAGAUGUUUCCCCAAAUCUUAAACUAUUCCUUUAUGAUGAAUGGAUGUCUUACUAACUAUGUUAUACUGUCCUGCCAAUGGCAUACAAAAUCAAACUACAACACUGGACACUGAGAAAGGUAUAUGAGUGUCAGAUGAGUCUUUGCAUUGUUUUAAACAGCUUUUAGCUGAUUAUUUUUUGUCUCAAUCUGACAGAUCAGAUACAUCAAACAGAUCUGGUAUUAAAGGGAUAGUUCAGAUCUUGUAAAGUGGGGUUAUAUGAGGUACUUAUCCAUAGUCAGUGUAUUACCUGCAGUAGAAGUCAGUCUGCAUGCCCACAGUUUGGAGAAGCAGGCUGGAGUAUAAUAGCUAAGUGAGUGUAAGUGUAUACUAUAUUUAGAAUUUUUCCCUACUUAAACUUUGCUGUUAGAGAACCCCUUUCUUGCAGGUCAGCUGGUCAGGUCAGAAAGUUCUGCAUUCAGACAGAAACAAACCUUUUUACAGGAUAUCAAAAAUGGUGUGUGCUUUUGAUUUGCUGGACUGCACUUGUAUAACGCUUUCCUAGUCUUCCAACCACUCAAAGAGCUUUUUAACAGAACAUGUCACAUUCACCCAUUCACACACAGGUGCUGCCACUCAGUAACCAUUCACACUCACUCACACUCUGAAAGAACAGCCACCGGGAGCACUUUGGGGUUCAGUAUUUUGCCCAAGGAUACUUUGACAUGUGGACUGGAGGAGCCAUAGACUGAGCCGCUGAUCUUCCAAUUAGUUGACGACCCACUCUACCUCUGAGCCAAAGUCGCUGGAACAAAGUAAUGCAAACAGCUUUCAUAAACCACCUGACCUGCAGCAUAACACAGUACAUGGCACAGUUGCACAAGGUUUAGAAAACAUAGUCCCGAAGGACAGGGGCUUUCUGACAGCAAGGUAAAGUGGUAAAAAUAUUCUUGAUAUAGUGUCCACUUACACUUUUUUUUAAGUGGCUAAAAUCUGUUUUGCUGCGUGGUGCUACUCCUGUUCAAUUCUCCAAAUUGGAGCAUGCUGAUCACCAUUUACUAUAUGUAAUACACUGACUAUGGAUAAGUACCUCAUGCAGCUCCACUUCAGAAAUCCUAACUAUCCCUUUAAGCCGCUGUUUUGCUCAGUCAGAUCCAUUUAAGACCUAAAAUCACUGGACGAAUCUUUCUUCUUCACUGUGAAUAAACACAUUCAGUCUUCCACUAACAUUUGCUGCUGCUAAAAUCUAAAAGUUGCAAAACAGCAUUAGGUCACAUGGAUUCAAAGAAACACGGGAGACUUGUGUCUUUUGCAAUUUUGUGAACAUAACUGGUACUGUUGAAUUUCUAAGGCAGAAAAUAUUCUACUGCUGCAUUUCUGUCUGAGAGUCGCUUCAGUUGAAAUUCUUCCUGUGGAAGAGAGAAGCAGAAAUUCCCUGCAGUGUCCCUUUUUAAAAAAUGCUUUUACUGUCGGUGUGUGUGUGUGUUUGCAUCGCUAAAUCUUUAUGUUCGUUUUCCCAAGUAGGACUGCCUUUAUAAAUUAAAUGUCUGUGAGGAAAAAUAACAUUUAACAUCACUAAGAUAAUGUUUUAAUUGAUUAAUUAAUUAAAGCAAUUGAAUUAAAACAAAUCAAUGAAACAUUUGCUGCUGUGACAAUUUUAUAACAGUUGAUUUUAACUUUUGAUUUUUAUAUAUUUUAAACUGUUUACCGCUGUUGUAUACAUAUUUUUCUAGCUAAGGUUAAAAAUGAAAUGAAUGUGAAAACCUAUGAGAAUUAGUCGCCUAAAUUUCCUCUUUAAUUACUAUUAAAAAUAGCAUUUUUUUUCUCAAGGGAAUAUGUUUUUUCAAAAUUGUAGUAUUUGUACUUAUUUUCUUAUUUCAAUAAAAUGUUUCCCUGUG